AUGACCGAGUCUGACGGGCAGAAAUUACAUGAUUAUCUCACUAGUCUUCGAGAUGGACUACAACUUGAAGCAACCCGCACAACUUCUAUCGAAACCACGUUAACUACUGUACAGUCUACAGUAACUCAACUUGAACAGAAUUUUAACGAGAAAGUAAAUCAUCUCUCCACGGCUCAUGAGUUAAAAUAUCAGCAAUUAGAUGACACGAUUCAACACCUAGAUACCCAAUUUCAGGACUUUCGUACUUAUGUUUCUACACAAAUAUCCGAAUUAACGGCUGAAAUUCGUGCAACACUUGCUGCUGUUCGUAGUUCCCCACCCAUACCCGCUCCAACAACUCCAUUACCUCCCUCUUCUUCUAAUAACUCCAUACACUCUCAUUCUUUACUAAAUGUUCCUUCUCCACCAGACACCUUACUCUCUCUUCCUGCACGACAAACAGUCAUCAUCCAACAACCUACAAUAGCUCCUUCUUUUUCAGGCAAAACUGAAGAAAAACCACGUCCAUUCCUCUUACAACUCCAUCAAUAUACCAACUCAUCUUAUGGAUGGGACAAAGAAAUGUUACUUCAAAAUAUAGGCCAAUUUUUGAAAGGUACUGCUUUUGAGUGGUAUACUCAAAUCAUCACUAGCCAUAGUCCUCCUCUCCAUUGGGAUACAUUUCAAACUCUCUUCUUACAACAAUUUAGUUCACCGUUGCGACUUGCACAAAUCGAGCAGGAAUGGAAUAGAUCCAUUCAACGACCUGAUGAAUCAAUCAACGAAUUUCUCGUUCGUUUACGCAGUCUCUGGUCAGAACAUAAACCGCACGAAACAGAGCGUGAUCUUGUUAGACAUCUUUUUACUAAAAUUCGCCCUGAAUUAGUCCCUCUGAUCGGUGUUCUUAGCGAUCCUACUCUUGAAAAUUUUCUUGAGCGAGCCCGAGAAGCUGAACUUAUUGAUUUUUCUCGUUCCAAACAAACUACGCACAUUGAAAAAUCUAAUACUACUAUUUCAGCUACUCUUCAUUCGUCAACUAGCUCCCACACAUCUAAUCCUCGUCAAUCUCAUAUUAUCUGCUAUAAAUGUAAUAUUCCAGGACAUUUAGCAUCCCAAUGUACUCGUACUCAGUCUUCUAGAUAUCCUUCAAAUUCAAAAAACUACGACGGAGUCUUACUGAUGAGAGGUGGCGGGACUCCGAAAAUUAUCUAA